GGCCGCCCCGCGUGACGUCAGCAGGGGCCGACGGGAACCCCCAGCGCCUCGGGCCGCUCCGCCCUUCCCCUUUCCCCCCCGCUCUCCCCUCAUGAGCUGGCGGCGGCUGCAUGGGGCCAUCGCCCGGGCGGCGGGGACAAGUGAUCGCAGUGUUGCUUUUGCUGGGCUGCUCUCCCAGUCAUUCAGCAGCAUGGGACUGAGAGUGAUGAAGCCUGCAGGUGGCUUGCUGAGCGAGAUGUAGCCAGAGGAAGAAUCACAGGAGAGGUGAGAGCAGCCAUGCAGGGACCGAGGCCGGUGGUUCUGAGUGGCCCAUCAGGUGCAGGGAAGAGCACUUUGAUAAAGAAAUUGUUUAAAGAUUACGAGAACAUCUUCGGCUUCAGUGUCUCUCAUACAACGAGGCAGCCAAGACCCGGAGAAGUAAAUGGCAAAGAUUACCACUUUGUGACCAGAGAGGAAAUGAAGAAAGAAAUCGAUGCUGGUGAAUUCAUCGAGCACGCGGAGUUCUCAGGAAAUAUGUAUGGGACGAGUAAAGGUGCGGUGCAAGCUGUUCAGGCCAAGAACCAGAUCUGCAUCCUGGACAUUGACAUCCAAGGCGUAAAGAACAUCAAGAAGACAGAGCUGAACCCCAUCUACAUCUCCGUGCAGCCUCCGUCCAUAGACGUCUUGGAAAAAAGACUGCGUGACCGACAGACUGAGACAGAAGAAAGUCUACGGAAGCGUUUGACUGCAGCCCGUGUAGAUCUGGAACUCAGUAAAGAGCCUGGCCUCUUUGACUUGGUCAUUGUUAAUGAUGAUCUCGAAAAAGCCUAUUCCGAAUUGAAGGAGCUGCUCCUGGAGGAAAUCCAGAAGGCCCAAGAAUCCAGGAAGUCCUGAGCGGAGCCUGCCUGGACGCUUCAUCGCAUCAUUCCUGAGCCGCAGCGCAACGUUUCAUUCCAAGAGACAUUCCCUUUAGGCCCAUCCUCCUGCCAGGUUACUUUAGGAUAUUUGUAUUAAAAGAAAGGAAAAGGAAA